AUGAACGAUAAAAUCUCAAAGCUUGAAAGUUCCAUUCUUCAAUUAACAGAAGAAGUUAAACAACUAGAAUCAAAGCAAGCUUCUAAAGAACUUGAAAUUCGUACAUUGGUUGAUAAUGCAAUUAAUUCACAAAAUCCAGCUCAAGAAAGAGAAUUAAUCAAUAAAUUAUUUACUGAAUCUUUAAUUGAUUUAAAAUUAAAAGCAGAAAAAAUACAAACAUUAGAAAGAUAUAGACAAGAAAUUAUUACAAAUUUAUUGGUUGAACAAAAACAACCAAAUGAUACAAGUAUAAUUAGUGCAUGGGAGCAAUUAAAAAUCUCAUCAUUUAGAAUUAAUCCUAAUAAUAAUAAUAAUAAUAGUAAUAAUACAAAUUCAAGUGAUAGUAAUCAAAAUUAUUCAAGUGUAAUUUUAAAUGGAUCAUUAACAGAAGAUUCAACAUCAACUAUAUCACCAGAUUCAACAAAGAAUAGAGAUGAAGAAGAGAUAAUUAGAUGGGAAAUCGAUAGAAAUGAAAUAUCAUAUAAUCGUGAAGCCAAAUUGGGUAGUGGAGCAUUUGGAUCAGUCUAUAAGGGUAUUGUUAGGGGUAAAGAAGUUGCAAUUAAGAAAUUGACACAAACAGUAUUUGAAGAGAAUACAAUGAAUGAAUUUAAAAAGGAAGUUAGUUUAAUGGCAAAAUUACGUAAUCCUCAUUUACUUUUAUUUAUGGGUGCAUGUACAGCACCAGAGGAUCUAUCAAUUGUGACAGAGUUAAUGCCAAAAGGGUCCGUUCAUUCAUUGUUACGUGCAAAAGAGGAUACAUCAGAUUUCAUCACUUUUAAACGUGCAAUUUUAAUAGCACGUGACACAGUAUUGGGUAUGACAUGGUUACACGCAUCAAAUAUUCUCCAUUUGGAUUUGAAGCCCGCAAAUUUAUUGGUCGACCAAAAUUGGGUGGUAAAGGUGGCCGAUUUCGGUCUUAGUAAGUAUAUGAAACCAGAUUCUAAAGAUAAACUAUUGGGUCAAGCUGGUUCACCACUUUACAUGGCACCAGAGAUGUUGGUCAACCAACCAUACGAUGGUAAAGUCGAUGUUUUCUCAUUCUCAAUACUCCUUUGGGAAUUGUUGACCAAACAAGAACCAUACAAUAAAUUGUACAGCUCCUAUCCACAAUUGGUGGAAGGUGUGGUCAAUAAAAAGAAUCGUCCAAUUAUUCCAGACUAUUUCCCAACUCGUUUAAAGGACCUUUUAGCAAGAUGCUGGGACCACUAUCCAUCACGUCGUCCAUCAUUCGCAGAAAUCUCAAAACAAAGAAUCUUGGAAACCAUUUUAAUCGAUGGUUUGAUUUUAGACUCUAGUGCUAGACAAUUUUGGAGUCAAUACUAUAUGGGCAAGGAGGAGGUACCUUGGAAUUCAUUCAUUGUAAACUUUUCACUCUAUUGUGGUUUCGAAUCAAAUUUAUCCGCUGAUGAUAUUAAAAUUAAAUUCUUAAAACUUUUAUUGGUGCCAGUUGAUAGUGAUAUGGUGACCAUUGAUAACUUUGGUAAGAUUUUAACUUGGGUUGGUCCAUUGACUAACGGUAGGGAAUUCUUUGAUAAAGUUUACUCCAUUUGUUCUAUCAAAGGUUUCAUGGCUGCAACUAGCUCAAAGAAUGCCUCUCAAUAUUUAGCCGGUAAGAAAACUGGUACCUAUAUCCUUCGUUUCAGUAGUGACCCUGGUUCAUACGCCAUCUCUUACUUAAAUAAAAACAAAGAAAUCAUUCAUGCUCGUGUCAUCUAUAAACAAGGCUCUGGUUAUAUUCAUCAUGGCGGUCAAACUCAUUAUGCAACUUUAGAUGAUUUAAUUAAAAAUACUUUUAAAUCUUUAGGUAUUAAAGAACCAUUCGAAGGUGGUCCUUUCCAUGCUUUAACUGUUGCUGCUUCUUCUUCAAAACCUUUUAAUAUUGCUGGUGCUUAUAUUCCAGUUGCUCCUUCAAAAAAGAUUUAA